GUUAUUCUUUAUCGACUUCAAUAGGACUGAAACCAACUUGACUAAGUUGUACUCUAUCGAGUACAACAGAAGAUAUAUACAUAUGUUGUUGUGGAACCGGUAUGUUGCCGUAGAACCGGAGUGAGCUGGAGAUAAGUCAAAGUUGGUGGAGAACGUCGAGUAUAUUUCAUUACCUUGCAAGUUUACCCCAUCAUGUGUCAUGCAUGACUGAAUUUCUUAUUGCACAAACGUGCAGGUAAUUCUUGCAUGAACAACCUGUUAUUGAAACCUGACUAAAAGUGAUAAUACCUAUCAACAUAUAUAUAUAUAUAUAUAUUGUCUAGGUUCUCUGCCAUUCUUGCAUAUCCUUUCUAAGAAUCACAUGCACCCCCCAACCAUAACAUGUCAAUAAUUGCAGAAUCUCCGAAGUACCUGCAAGUAUUUUCUGAUGGAGUAGUAAAACGAUUUGCGCCCCCAAUUGUUGAUGCUUCGUCAGAGCUAACCUAUGGGUUUAGAUCAAAAGAUGUCAUUAUCGAUCAGUCAAAGCCGAUUUCAGCAAGGAUUUUCCUUCCUGACACCAAAGAUUCUACUGCACAACUUCCAGUAUUGGUUUACUUCCAUGGAGGUGGGUUCUGUAUUGGUUCAACAACUUGGUGUGGUUAUCACCAUUUCUUAGGUGAUUUAUCAGUUGAAUGCAGGUGUAUUGUUCUUUCAGUCGAUUACCGUCUUGCACCAGAGAAUAAACUGCCAAUAGCUUAUGAAGAUUGCUUUGCUUCACUUAAAUGGCUUAGCAUGAAAUGUCAGUCUGAUUCAUGGCUGGAGAGCGCAGACAUUUCUCGAGUUUUUCUAUCGGGAGAUAGUGCAGGAGGAAAUAUCACACACCAUGUAGGAGUACGAGCAUUACAAGAUAAUGAAUGUUGUGUGAAGAUCUUAGGGUUAAUACCUAUUCAUCCGUACUUCGGAAGUGAGAAGAGAACAGACAAAGAGAUGGCUGAGGAUGAGGGUGCAGAACAAGAAGUGAAGUCGAACGAUAUGUUCUGGCGACUGAGCUUGCCAGAAGGAUCAAAUCGUGAUCAUUAUGCUUGUAACUUUGACAAUCUAGAGCUGUCGGAAGCUGACUGGAGCAAGUUUCCGAAAGUAGUCGUUUAUGUGGCUGGUCUGGAUUUUUUGAAAGAGAGAGGGGUUAUGUAUGCAGAAUAUCUGAAGAAUAAAGGUGUGAAGGUAGAGCUGAUUGAAGCUGAAAACGAGAAACACGUGUACCACGUGUUUCUUCCAGAAGCCAAGGCGACUCGUUUGCUCCAACGUCAGAUGAGUGCCUUCAUAAAUCAGCCAUAAGCAUAGGUUUUUCAUGGUAGUGUGCCUCAU